GUUUAAAGCUAAUCUUGGACAAGUCAAAUAGGAAGGUUCUAGCAUUUUCUUUGUGUAGGUGAGCUGUAUUUGAAGUGCAACUUUGCAAUUUUGGUUUGUUCAGACCAUUUAGGAGAUGGAGGACGCCCCUCGAUUUUAGCCAGUCAGGAUCCAGGAGGCGUUGUUUAUCUAAAUACGGAUGGGAAAGAAUGAGUGGAACCGGUGGGCAUGUCCAGCGGAAUAGAGAUAUGGACAGAACUGAGCGACAGCCAUUUAUUUUUUGACAGUCGUGUUUUAGACACCUGGGUAGAAGAAGAUAAAAGACUGGAUACGAAGCCGUUCUUUUUUAAAGACAAUUAAAGUUUCCCGAAGUUCUGUUCCCAUCAACGAAUCAUGAAUGACCUUUUAUCGUGGGAGGUGCUACACAACGAAAGAGGUGCGAUACAAUUUGCAAGAAAUGGUAGCUUGUGAUUACAAGACGAACCCCUUGUGGACACUGGAGGCUAUUUUUGGUGAUAGCAGAAGCUAAGACGACAUAGCUGAAGAAGAGGGCACAGUUACACACCUCUAUCCUUAGCCAUUACUCUUAUUUUAGACUGAACAUGGCAUGGAUGGUCCAACUCCCUGGACUGCCUUAGAUCUGUUGCUCUUUUUUUUACUUUUUUAAAGAAGAACCAGAAGGAUUUUUGAACAAGUUUUUGCAGAAAUGGGUCCGUUUGUGUCUCCUUUUGACAACUUGCUGUGCAUGUUGCUGGGCAUCUCGUUCACUGUGUGGUUCACUCUGUUGCUGGUGUUCAUUGUUGUGCCGGCGAUAUUCGGCCUGUCCUUUGGCAUCCGGCGUCUAUACAUGAAUGCACUGCUCAAGGUGUUCGAGUGGGCCACAAUGCGGAUCGAAAGAGGAGCCAAGGAAAAAAAUCACCUUGUGUACAAACCCUAUACGAAUGGCAUAAUAGCUAAAGAGCCCACUUCUCUGGAGCAGGAGUUUAAAGAAAUCCGUCGUGUGGGCAGCAGCCGGGACCUGAAUGACUCCUCCUCCUCUUCCUUCUCCUUCUCCUCCUCGCCCACAGGCUCCUCCUCUUCCUCCUCCUCCUCCUCCUCCUUCUCCUCCUCACCCACAGGUUCUUCCCCUUCCACCUCGGAGUUCGCAGUGUCCGACGUCUUCUAUUUCUGCCGGCGCGGCAUCGAGAGCAUCGUGGAUGACGAGGUGACGAAACGCUUCACAGCCGAGGAGCUGGAGUCAUGGAACCUGCUGACGCGCAGCAACUACAACUUUAGACACAUCAGCACGCGUCUCACGGCGCUCUGGGGACUUGGCCUGAUCAUCCGCUACUGCAUCCUGCUACCUCUCAGGUUGACGCUCGCCAUCACAGGCGUGACCUUGCUGGUCGUCCUCACCACCCUAGUCGGAUUUCUGCCCAGUGGGAGGAUGAAGAAUUUGCUCAGCGAAAAAGUGCAUUUGAUGUGUUACCGAGUUUGUGUAAGAGCAUUGACUGCAAUCAUCACUUUUCAUCACACUGAGAAUAAGCCUAAGAACGGAGGUAUCUGCGUAGCAAACCACACGUCACCUAUCGAUGUCCUCAUACUAGCCAGUGACGGAUGUUAUGCAAUGGUGGGGCAGAUCCAUGGAGGUCUGAUGGGAGUUAUUCAGAGGUCCAUGGUGAAGGCUUGUCCACACAUCUGGUUUGAACGCUCUGAAGUCAAAGACCGCCAUCUCGUGGCAAAAAGGUUGAGCAAUCAUGUCGAGGACAAGAGCAAACUCCCCAUCCUCAUCUUUCCUGAAGGUACCUGCAUUAACAACACGUCUGUGAUGAUGUUUAAGAAGGGAAGCUUCGAAAUCGCUUCAACAAUCUACCCAGUGGCUAUCAAGUAUGACCCUCGUUUCGGUGACGCUUUCUGGAACAGCAGCAAGUUUGGCAUGGUGAAUUAUCUCCUGCACAUGAUGAGCAGCUGGGCCAUUGUCUGCAGCGUGUGGUACCUCCCCCCCAUGAAGCGACAGGAGGAUGAGGAUGCAGUGCAGUUUGCUAACCGAGUUAAAGCGGCGAUCGCCAGACAGGGUGGCUUGGUGGACCUGCUGUGGGACGGUGGCUUAAAGCGCAGCAAAGUGAAGGACACCUUUAAAGAAGAGCAACAGAAACUGUACAGCAAGAUUUUGGUGGGAACUCACGAAGACCGCAGUCGCUCCUGAUGAAGAACGGAAGAUGGCGGAUGUGACUGGACUGGACUGGACUGCGGCAUGAGUCACAUCUUGGAGGUUGUAAGGAAUACGUUUUUUAUCAGUCACUUACUUCACUUAUUACAUUUGACUCUCCAAACAGCAUGCUGCAUUAUGACCCAAUUUGAUCACAUGGCCACUUUGCAAGGUCUCCAAGUGCACAUUCUCAACGGCAAAUUGUUGCUACAAUACUCUCGUAAACAACACAUGUAACAGCAGGACAUGUUGUUUUGUGGUUUGUUUAAGGUGUGUUAAUCCAUUUUGAUUACAUUCACAUCUUUAUAAUUAUUAUAACAUUUCCCUCAGUUUUUGAACUUUAUGAAUAAAUGGAUCCUGUAGCUGUAUACAGGAAAAAAACAACAAUAAAACAAUGAGCUAAUACCAAAUAAUAUUGUAAUUUUUUACAAAGGACAUACUGAAUUCUCAAUUCUGAUUGGUCCAUUAGAAACAACAGGAGUUCAGACAGUAGUUUAAGGGUACAACUGAAAUCACUGGUUUAUAUUAGUGUGCUUGUUUUAAUAUGUUACCCGUUUAAUAGCAGCGACUCAUUUGGAUGGACUUGUAUGAUGGACGCUCUGUAUCAGAAACAAAAAAAAAGUCUUCAGGAUGUUUUCAACCAUAAGAAAGUCUUCAGGACAACACAGCAAGCUGUGCAGUUUGGCUUUAAGAUAAAUAUCAAAUAAACAGAAGCUGGUGACGGAAACGUGUUUUAUCCAUGCCGUAUUGCUGCUAUGACGUGACUCGUCUUGCGAAUAUGACACAAAAUUAGGUGUAAUUACAGACAUUGCAUUAUAACUGUAGGCAAAUUGCUGUAGUAUAAUGUUUUUUAUUGAUUUAUUUUUUAUAUACUAGCAAGCCCUGUUGAGUUUUAUUUCUUACUCAACCAUUAUUGAAGGUCCAGGUUUAUAUUUUUGUGAAUACUAUGUAUUACAAGCCAUGAAGAGACUGCAGUGUGACGUUCUCUAAUCGCUGUCUUUGUUCUAUUUCAGACAGUAAAAAGGAUUUUUGCAAAAAAUGUCCGAAUUCUUGUCUGUGCUCAUGUACUGUAGAUGCAGGUGGACAUUUUGACGAAAAAUGUCUGAACUGUCUCAGUUUCACUUGGACAACCUUGUUUUUAUUGUACCCUAUCGAUGAGGCAUGUGGCAGCAAGUUCAAUGAGGUGCACACGCUCUAGGAAUUCGAGGAAUUGCAAAACAAUCGCCAACUUUAUACUCUGAAUUCAUCCGGAACUAGAAAUGGUCAUUGUUCUGAAAAGAUUGUACUGCCAUAUUUGUAAAAAAAAAAAAAAAAUGCUCUAUUUCCAUGAAGUUGUCCUCUAAGAUUCUAUAAACGUGUGCAUUGAUACUUUACAUUUACUUACAUCCAUUUCUGAGCUAAAUACUACUAAAUGUUCCUGUACUAGUUGAAUCCUGUUGAACCCGUUUUAAUUUUUUUUUUGAUGUGGGCCCUGAUUCAAAGUGCACACAAAUAAAGAUUCAACAAUGUAAACUAUUAAAGAGUUCAGCUUCAGGGCUUUCAAAAAAGGGCAAAAGGUAGAUUUCAGUGACACACCGUGUGGAGAGAUCUUGCGAUCCCUCUGAGACGGGAUGAAUUUUUAAAUAUGUUUACAGUUGAAAAAGAAUUCAUUUGGGAUAAAGUUGAAAGCAAAAUGCAGGAAGGAACUGUAGGAUGUACAAGUCGUCUGUACGUGUCAACGUAUGUUGUUGAAGGUGAGUGUGUUUUCUGGUUCGGCUGCAUUAUUUGCAUCGGUGUGUCCAGUGACUUAACUGCUGUCGGGUGAAAUCCCUCUCUCAUCAGCUUAACUUUUCAAUCUGUACCACUCAUUCCUUCUUAUAUACAAGGUUUAGCGCUUUUAUGUCUAUGGAUGAAAUGAGUCAAUAAAAAAAACUUUACAAAGUU